AUGCACCAGCCCACUGGGGACCACAGCAGAUGCACCCAGCCCACCGGGGACCACAGCAGACGCACCCAGCCCACUGGGGACCAGAGCAGACGCACCCAACCCACUGGGGACCAGAGCAGACGCACCCAGCCCACUGGGGACCAGAGCAGACGCACCCAACCCACUGGGGACCAGAGCAGACGCACCCAACCCACUGGGGACCAGAGCAGACCCACCCAGCCCACCGGGGACCAGAGCAGACGCACCCAGCCCACUGGGGACCAGAGCAGAGGCACCCAGCCCACUGGGGACCAGAGCAGACGCACCCAACCCACUGGGGACCAUAGCAGACCCACCCAGCCCACCGGGGACCAGAGCAGACCAACCCAGCCUACCGGGGACCAAAGCAGACGCACCCAGCCCACCGGGGACCAAAGCAGACCCAACCAGCCAGUGGGACUUGAGCUGCAGCUGCCCGGCCCAGCAAGGAUGGCUGCUGCCACUGCAUGA